UACGCAACACAUAUUUCUUUUUUAUGGCCACAAUUUUAUUUACUAUAAAGGUGAUAAGGAGCGGCUUAACAACACCAUUUGAAGAAUAACAGAAGUAUCAACCGAACUUAAAUGAGCACCAUGAUGGGAAUAAGAGUGUUUAUCCUCACCAUUUUGUGUUUGAUUGGUGAACGGUGGAGUGUGUAUGCCACAACUACGACUUCAGCGACUACAACUACCCUUCCUACGACAACAUCGGCCUCGGAGACUGGUUCUACCGGGCAAAUACUGACAACAGUGAUCAUGACCAGUGUCUCGGUCACAACGGCUGACCCUAUACUGAAAUGCCCAGAGCCAAAACCCAUCACUGGGGGCGCUAUCAUAUCUAACGGACCUUACUACGCAAACCUAACGAAAGUGGUGUUCGAUUGUUUCUCUGGUUUUUCGAUGAGCGGACCCAGCAGUGUUUUGUGCUCUCCAAGGGGAACUUGGGACCUAAACUCAACACAAUGUGUGCCGAUAAACAACCAGCCUCACGUGGACACUGAUGUUACCAUCCAGAAUGAAAGUCAAGUGUUGCCCUUCUGGUUGAUGAUAGCGCUGUGUGUAACCUUCGGUCUCCUGUGUCUGCUACUGCUAGCCUGUGUGGUGGCGCUGUGCAUGAAGAUUUGUGGAUGUUGGCAACUGCGUUGCUGCAAGACAAGAGUCCUGCAUUCCCGCAGGUCGUGGCAACAAACACCUGACGAAAUCAUCGUUGAUACAUCAAAGGUGACACCUCAAAUAAACGGAACGAGGCGUAAAAUUUCUGCAGCGAAGCCGGAUCACAUUUGGAUGCCACACUCUCACGAAGUGCGUAAUAUAAACACGAGCACAAAAUAAUGUAAAAAAAGAUGCCUACACGGCCAAACGACGCUACAAAAACGUAAAAUCAUCGGCAACAAUUGAUUCACGAACCCCAUGCUAAUAAUUAAAUGGACAAACAAUGACGUAGCAAAAUUCCCCAUGAAGUUAUAGCCUUAAUAUCGCAAAUAGAUGCGGUGUGUAAUACAAAGUUAUCACUGGGCCACGUAUCGUGGGUUUUCAUACUUAUCUUCUUUGUUCAAACGUGCAACGUUCUGUUUUCUAAUUUUCUUCGGUAUUGUUGUACAAGAAUAGAGUACAGUCCAUAGAAAACCAUUAUUGCGUCAACGUUGGUUGAGCUUUUGAUGUUGCUCGAUUUGUUAAUUCGUAUAUUGGUUCUUUCAAAUUAAUGCAAAUUCCUAUUAUGUUGUUUGUGUUUGCAUGUUUAUCAAUAACAUAGCAGUAAAUAUUAUGCGCAUAUAAUGUUUUGAUGUUUUCAAACAAUGAACUCUGGUUUUGUAUAUUUUAUUUAUUAAGGCCCCAUACAUGUUUUCAUUAUGCAAAUUAGCAGAUAAAGAAAUAACAUAAAUAUCAGAUUUUAUAACAUGCAAAACUUAUUACGGUAAUAAUUUUUGCAUACGUGAUCAUAACUUCCUAAAGCUUCCCAAAUGCGUCAAUGCAUAAAUUAUACUUAAAUAUUUGCUUUGUUACACAUUCAAUUUUCUUCUUAUGGUGUUAAAAAUUGAUAAUCAUAAAAAGAAAUUGCAUGCAGAAAACAGACAGAUAACAUACAUCAUUUAUUCAUAAAACGACCCAUAAAACGAUGAUAAAUGGUAUUCAAUAUACUGUGUGUGUUUCAAAAGAAGACAUAUUCUUCCUUUCAAUUCUGCAAAUUUAUUUGUAUUCCAACAGUCUUUAAAUUGAUAUGAACCGAAUUUAAACAAAAAUCAUAGUGUCGUUCAUAAUUUGAAGUUUAACAUUGAACAACAGCUCGGUAAAAUAUAAAACGCGUUUAACCUGAUCUCAGACAUCAAUAAAGAUCUAAGUAAAUUAUUAAUCUUAUUUUUAAAUUCAAUUUUUUUUUUUUUUUAAUUGUCAUUGUUGGUUUGUCGUGAAACCCACUUAAUGUAUUCAAGUUAAAGUGAAAACGAUAUACUCUACGGGGUAUCUUGUUCUUUUAAAUAAAAUACGGACAGAUCCCAUUUAAAGCUUUAAGGAGGAAUAAUUGGAGAAAACAAUCCAAAAUAAAAUCCAGCAUGUGAAAUGUAUGCAAACCUGAAGACUACUUGACAGAAUAGCAACUAGAUGAAUAUACAACCAAUUGAUAAAUCCUUGUGUCAGUACCUCGGAAAAACAAGUAGUUAUGUUGUAUUUAUUUAAGUUAAUUUGGUUUUACUUGUAAUUUGUUAAAAGGAAACAUUAUCGACGUGUAUAAUGUAUACUAGUAAAGAAAAUAUAACUGUGUGUGGUCA